GAGCCGAAACAAAGAUCAGUUGAUCGGAGACGGUCGAAGCGUACGAUCAUGGUGACGGUAGCCGGGAGAAGUGUUGUAACUGUUUUAGUUUUGAUUGUGAUUGUGGGUUUUGUUUCUACUAGAAGACCUCUCGGAAUCAAGGAGGCGCUGGCGAUCCUAAGACGACACCCGCCCUGGAAUUUUGACUGGUGGAAAACGGCAUCUUUUUACCAAAUUUAUCCUCGAUCGUUCAAGGACAGUGAUGGCGACGGAAUUGGUGAUCUUCGCGGCAUCAAACAAAGCUUACCGUAUCUGCGUGAGCUGGGGAUUCAAGGAUUUUGGAUGUCACCGAUAUUCAAAUCACCGAUGGCAGACUUUGGAUAUGACAUCUCCGAUUAUUACGACAUUCAACCGGAAUACGGAACUCUUUCUGAUUUUGAUUCCUUAGUUGCAGAAGCAAAAAAGUUAGGCUUGAAGGUGAUUCUGGACUUUGUUCCCAAUCAUUCGAGUGAUGAAAACGAAUGGUUCCGUAAAUCUGAAAAUCGUGAACAGGGAUUCGAAGAUUUCUAUGUGUGGCAUCCGGGUAAAGUGAACCCGGCAGAUCCGUCGAAACCGCUACCACCGAAUAACUGGGUCAGUAUUUUUCGUGGGAGCGCUUGGCAGUGGAGUGACAAGCGCAAGGAGUAUUAUCUGCAUCAGUUUGCUGUCAAGCAGCCUGAUCUGAACUACCGAAAUCCUCGUGUUGUCGAACAGAUGAAGGAUGUUAUGCGAUUCUGGUUGAAGCGAGGCGUUGACGGUUAUCGCAUCGAUGCGGUGCCUAUGCUGUUUGAGGUCGAAAAAGAUGCCGAAGGCAAUUAUCCGGAUGAACCGCUGAGUGGUAAUACCAAUGAUCCUAACGAUCCGGGCUAUACGAUUCACAUUUUCACGCAGGACCAGAACGAAACACUUGAUAUGGUUUAUCAGUGGCGUAAAGUGUUGAAUCAGUUCCAGAUGGAGAACGGAGGAGAUGCGCGAAUUAUGAUGACGGAGGCAUACACGAACAUUGAGACUCUUAUGAGAUACUACGGCAAUGAAACGAACGAUGGAUCACACAUUCCCUUUAAUUUUGGCUUCAUUACCGAUUUGGGGAAAGAUUCUUCGGCGCAGGAUUUCGAAAAUACGAUCAAUCGCUGGAUGAAUAACAUGCCGAACAGGGAUGGCGUGGUUCCUAAUUGGGUGAUGGGAAACCACGACCAGUAUCGUGUGGCAAGCAGAUUCGGCGUGGAGAAAAUAGAUGUCAUGAAUAUGAUUCUGCUAUCUUUGCCGGGUGUCAGCAUCACAUACAAUGGUGAGGAAAUUGGUAUGACCGACGUUUGGAUCUCGUACAACGAUACCGUCGAUCCGGCCGCUUGUAAUGCCGGACCAGAUAGGUACCAAUACACGACACGCGAUCCGGAAAGAACACCCUUCCAGUGGGACGACAGUAAGGAUGCGGGAUUUUCGAUAGCCAACAAGACCUGGCUUCCGGUAUCUCCAACGUACAAGGACGUUAAUGUUGAACUGCAGCAGGUAUCGAACAGAAGUCAUCUGGCAAUUUACAGGAAGCUGAUGAACAUGCGAAAAAGCCCAACGUGGCGAAAGGGUUUGCUGAAAACAACAGUCAGCGGGAAUGUGUUAGUUAUCGUUCGAGAACUUGAUCAAUUCGAAACUUUGAUUACACUAGCAAACAUUGGCGGAAUGUCACAGACUGUAGAUCUUUCUAAUAUGGGCAAUCAUCCGCUGGAUAAGUUUGGUUUCUACCGAGUGGUGUCCCUGAAUUCGACGCAUCAAGAAGGAGAGCUCGUGGCUACCAACAAUGUGCCCCUCGGUCCCUUUGAAUCGGUAGUGAUUAGUGCAAAGAGUCAAUAUAAUUAUUACGAAGUCUUAAACUACCGUAAUAACAUUUGAGUACAAGAGUAUGUUAGGAACUAUUUUGAAUUAUAUUCAAAACUACGUUUCAUUUCUAUUGAGAUGUGGAGAUAAAUUUGAUAGCUAUUAAAGCAAGAAAACUGAAAGAUGGUAAAUAUUACUCAGUUUGUAUACAUAACUCGAUCAAUAAAAUUAAAAUAUUACAAAAAA